GCUCGUCUUCACAGUCUUAUUACAUACGGUCAUCUGGUUGAAACGUUGUUGAAUAAAGUUCAUCAUGCGUAUUAUAAAUAGUAAAAAUCUGUUGAAGUAUGCAAAAUUGACUGAUAAAGCUUUUCCUCCUUUAAAAGCAUCGGAACAUGCUGCUGGAUACGAUUUAAAGAGUGCCUAUGAAUAUACCGUGCCAGCACGUGGUAAAGAAUUAGUCAAAACUGACUUACAAGUCGCAGUUCCUGAAGGCACUUACGGCAGGAUCGCUCCACGUUCCGGUCUAGCAUGGAAAAAUCAUAUUGAUGUUGGUGCCGGCGUUAUUGAUGCUGAUUAUCGGGGUAACGUGGGGGUAGUGCUAUUUAAUCACAGUAAUGAGGACUUCAAAAUCUCACCUGGUGACCGUGUAGCACAAUUAAUUUGUGAACAAAUUAUUUAUCCAGAGCUACAGGCACUAGAAUGUUUAGAUGAUACAGAAAGAGGAGAUGGAGGGUUUGGUUCAACAGGAAAGAACUAAGUUCAUUUUUUUUUAUAUUUAUUUCUUUACCCGCAGAGUAUUAAUUUAAUGAAAAAAUUAUACAAAAUAUUCCAAAGGCAUAAUAGCUUUAUGUGAUAUUUAAUUAUUAGUCUGAUUAAUAGUUUCUAUAACAAUAUUUUUUUACUGAUAUUGGGAGCAACGCAUCACACA